UGGCCUCCCGCUAUAAAACGUGGCGGCGUCAUUGAGCGGGAGAGGGGAUUCGUUGAAUGUGUUCGCAGCAGUUUGUACGGUCUGCCGAGCGACACCUAGCGACUGUCUGAGAGCUCUUUCUCAUCUCUCGAGGGACUUUUACGAUUGAACCAAGGAAGCUGGGACACACAAGCAUAGCACUGUAAGUCAAGGGGUGUGUGUGUGUGGUGGUGGUGAGGGGAAUGUAACAACAGUGGCGUUCGAUUUCCCGCUAUGGAGUCAGCGGCAGCGGCGUCUCCGGGCCGCGUCUCGCACCCGCUUUCCGACGACUCUCCACUGCUGGAGGACGAGGAGGAGGAGGACGACGACGAUAUGAAGGAACACGGGGCCACUGGCAAGGAGGAGACCCACAUGUGCGAGAGGAGUCCCAUGCAGCCACCGUCGCCGGCCUCAUUGCUCAACCGUUUGCAGCUGGGCGAGGAGACCGAGUCGGAGCCCACGGACCUCUUUGUGAGAGUCGACAGCCCCGAGAAACACGUCACGGCCAUGGAGACGUACAUCACCUACCGCGUCACUGUGCGGACGACCCGUAGCGAGUACGACGGCAUGGAGUUUGUGGUGCGCCGACGCUAUCAGGACUUUGACUGGCUGCGAACAAAACUGGAAGAGACACAGCCUACGCACAUCAUCCCGCCGCUGCCGGAGAAGUUUGUGAUGAAGGGAGUCGUGGAUCGUUUCACGGAGGAUUUUGUGACGACGCGGCAGAAAGCCCUGGAUAAGUUCCUGAACCGGCUGGCGAACCACCCCACUCUCUCCUUCAGCAGCUACUUCCAUUCAUUUCUCACUGCCAAGGACCUGGCUCUGCAGAGGCGCGGCGCCAGCCUGCUGAGCCGCGUUGGCGAGUCGGUGAGACUCGUGGCCGGUGCCGGCGGACGGCCCAAGGCACGGCCGCCCGAGUUCACGGCGAUGUCUGACUUCACGGAGGCCUUUGGCCAGAAGCUCGGCACGCUGGAGAGGAUAGCGCAGAGGAUCCUUAAGGAGCAGUCCGAGUACCAGACGGAGCUGUGCGAGUACGCGCCGCUCUACGCGAGCUGGGCCGUGCACGAGGAGGCGGAGCUCUCGCGCCCCCUGCACGGCGUGCACACCUGCCUUGCCAGCUGCUCCAGGGCGCUGGAGCGGCUCAUGGUGCACUCGACCCAGGAGGUGCUGCCCACGCUGCGGGAGUACUCGCUCUACGCCGACACCGUGCAGGCUGUGCUGCGCAGGAGAGACCAAAUCCAGGCGGAAUUUGAGGCCAAGGUGGAGUCUCUGGCAAGCAGGAAAGAAGACAAGGAGGGGUACGCGGAAGACGUGGACAAGCUGCACGACCGUAUGGAGUGCGCCAACGCCAACCUCAAGGCGGACUGGGAGCGCUGGCAACGCAACAAACGCAGGGACCUCCGGGAGCUGCUCGUCAGCCACUCGGACAGGAACAUGCGAUACUACCAGGAGUGUUUGUCAUCGUGGGAAACCCUCGUCCCACUCUUACAGGACAAACCAGAGGAGGAAAAAGACCAAAAAUCAUAGCCAAGACUUCUCCUGUUGGUAUUUGGGUGCAAUUUGAGUGAGGAUUUACCCUACAUUAUAAUUGUAUUGUUGUUGCAUAUUUGACACCUUUAUUUCCUAAACGGGGCACGAUGCUUUGAGAAUAUUAUAUUGCCUGUGUAUCUCAUGCAAAAAAAAAGAUUUUUUAACAGAUUAUUGCCUGAUUUAAAAAAAAACACAUGUCAUCAUUCCAUAAAUACGAAUGAGUUGCACAGCUAAAUAAGUUGUCAAACUAUAUUUAUAAAACACGUAUGCAAAAAAGUAACUGGAUGAAAGAAAAACAAAAUUGGUGCCCUUUUCUGUUACAACAAGUGCUUGGAAUGAGUUUAUUCUCUUCUGAUAUUCAACGUUUUUUAUCCUGUUAUUAUUAUUUUCGUUUUCUCGUCUUUCUCAAUUCUCACCAAAUGAUUCCAAAACUCGCUCUUGAGAAAAAAUAUAUACACAGACUCUUCACAUUCUCAUUCUUGCGCAUGUGUGUGUAUUAUCAGCAUUUAGGAGAGAUAGAGACUACUGUACUGCCAUCUUGACGUCGCCAGAUCUUCUCCUGUUGACCGAGUGGUGGCUGUGUGCGGUCGAUGCAUGCCCCCCCUCCACCCCCAAUUUGCCCUUUGAAUUGCACCCUCACAGCUGAGUGAUUGGACAGUCAUCUGCCUGCGAUGGGUUUUUUGCUGAAGGGAUUCAAGUGCAACGUAGCUGUGCGAUUCCCAAAAAAAUGAGGUUUUCGGCCUCUCCGCUGUUCUUGCCACAUCUUGGGCGCAUUUUGAACAACGCGCUUUUGCUCCGUUGUCCGCUUCGCCUCUCCGCUGUUCUUGCCACGUCUUGGGCGCAUUUUGAACGACGCGCUUUUGCUCCGUUGUCCGCUCCGCUGCACCUUUGUUGCCUAUGGAGCGCUCUGGUUUUUUUUUAUUGCUCACGAACACUUGGCCUUUAAAAUGCUAAUUUAACCUCGUCGUUUUAUUUAAUUCUCGAUUAUCGGCAGCCAUGAGACCGACAGGAUUCUUUUCGCUUGUGUUAAGAAAAUGCCACUGAAUAUUUUGAGGAUGUUGUUUUUUUUAAAGAAUUUAUUUAUGAAAAAAAUUAAAAGAUGACCUUUAAACUGGAAUUUUUUUUUACUUCCUAUAUUGUUUUCUGUCGGGCAUUGACAUUUUGCAUUAAAUAAAAAAAACAUUUGAAUGUCACCAUUACCAUCUGAUAAUUGUACUCAACAUCAGGUGUAUUGAUGUUUUUGCUCACACUUUUGUCAGAACAUACAGAGCGCGUUCCAUCUUGUGUUUGCCACAGCAGUGUACUUUCCCUACCACUAUAAUGGCAGGCUAAUGAAAUUAAUUUCUGAUGUCAAAUCACAUGCGAUGCCACAUCAUUUUAUUAUUCUGUAGUGCCUCUGCUUCAGCAUGGGUGUCGAAUGCAUUAUUAUCAUCGUUCGUGUUCUCCGUUGAUGUACUGAGGGUAAUUGUACGUUUUCACCGUCAACGCUUCUUUGACGUUAAAAUUAUUUCCGUAAUAGCAGCUGUUCCGAGGCUGUAAAAUGGCACUGUGAGGAAAGUGAGCUCGAGGCAGGAAUUGGACAAAGCCACUCUGUGCCACGUAUCCGAGGCCAGGAGGUGUCGGGAAUUCAGUCGCUCAGACGUGCGAAAUGCUUUCGCAGGCGUUUUCACGGUACACUUGUCCAGUUUAUAGAUUUGUAAGCAUGCACAGCAAGUUGGGUCAUUUUCUUUUUUUUUACAUUUGAAUAGCUGUAAAAGGUUGCCCCCAUUUUUAACGCUGCGCAAUCACAAAUAAGUGACUUAACAAAUCGAUAAACAUUUGAGGGAGGAGCAGGUUGUAUGUCAGAAGUCACAUGCUAAUAUCUGCUCUCCACCCAUGAUUUUGCUGCAAUGAAGUCCGCAGCAAAAAACUGCUUUUCAUCGUUCGGCAUGGUGUCCACCGGACAUUUCACUCCACGUGCUGAGAGCUUUCGGUUUCCGAAGAAGCACCCCAGCCCAUGGAAUCGAAACGUCGGACAUUUGCCUAAAUGGCAUGUGGUACAACCCACAAACACGUUGGCAGAGCUAUAGGGUGGGACCCUGAACGCCUACCACAGCUAGGGUUCAUGAGAAUCGGAAUAUUUAUUUGGACUGUCGGAGGAAUCCGAUGACCUAUGAAGCUCUUUCACAGAUGUCAUUCUUUAAUUAUACAAGCCGGAUUUACGAAGCGUGAGCACAAGGCAGCAGAAACGACACCAAAACGGUCCCAGACCACACCAAGAUAACACCAGACAGCAGCAGUCCCUCAAUAAAAAAUAGCACAUUGAACUAUCGAUACGACACAGAUACGGAUCUAAAGUUGCAAAUUGUGACUCUAUCCAGCACUAAUGUUCUGCUUCAGGAUAAUUUUUCGAAGGAAGAUGUACGAUGCAGAGAGAUUGAAAUGGGGUGGCAAUCCACAUUUGUAUGGCGCGCAAUCGGACGGCGGCUUAUUGUUUUCCCCAGUGUGGUUUUUCACAAAGCCAUUCAAGGGCAUUCAGGGAUUUUGAUGUUCUUUUUGGACCCAUUCAUCAUGCUGUGGAUACAACACACGUAGACUUGAGGCCAGUAACUAGAGUUGACGUUGAACAAAGUUAGUCAGUUGUGACCGCAUACUAAGUUACACUUUUACUCUUUAACGUUAGUGGAUGGUUGUCUAACCCGGAGUGAAAUAACAUGAUUAUUUUUGGGGACAAUAUCUGUCCCAUUUGUAACAAGAUAAGUAAAUCUUUGACCUUGUUUGUCCCACAACCACAUAUGCAAAUAACGCAUGGCAGCACGCUCAGUCCGACUGUUGCAAUCACGUUAUUUUAGUGGAAACCCUCUUAACUUUCAUUACAUUCCAAGAAAUUCCUGUAUUUUCCACAUUGCACGUGAAAUACAUUUACAUUAUAAACUAGUAUUAAGCUAUGAGUAACACAACUCGGCAAUUCCAUUGAAUCAGAUGACCAUUUAAAGUAGUGACUUGCUUCAGGAAAGGCUGGGAUGGGCUUCCUUCAAGUCAGAUCUGUGAUUCGCUGCUUUGUUUAAAUUGAAAGACUUUUUGCUACGUCUAAGCUUGCCGGCAAUUUAAGAAUGAUCGUAGUUUCUCCGUACUAAUCGUUGGACCGCGGGACAUUUUUUUGGUGAGAUAGCAGCAUCGCCCAAAGGAGCAUGAUUCUACAUACCAGUGAUCAGACUGAAGCCAAUUAUUUGAAACUAGUUAUAACAUCGCUUGGAUUUCACCCACUGCAUACAGUUAAAGUGAUUACUAACUUUUCAGAUGACUGGUGUCUGAGCACACACUAAUUGCCCCUAAGCCCAGUGUUCUGGCUCAGGUCCGCUUUGCACUUUGAAGGCCCUUUGCACCUUUGAAUUGUCAUCACAAAGCAUCAAUUUGAAGCAGGCAGAGGGAACCCUGUGGCAAGGUAUUGGUGAGUUGUAUUCAUUAUAAUUCAGGCACUACACGAGAAGUCUUGAGAGAAGCACCUCAGCCGUUGAAAUUAACUGCACUGUCAUCCUCAAAUAAAAAGUUACAUGAUUUAUUGAGUGAAUAACAAAGCGGGAAUAUUAUAUUGGUGAAUCUUUUUAUUAACUCGUUCAAUUCGUUGGCUAAUCGGAUAACACAAGAAUAGUUGGGGAUAAAUAAUGUCUCUGUUCCCACGUGUGCUACUGGAUGAGAAGUCAUUGAGAGGGGCAGGGCUGGCAGGGGCCUUGGUGACAUGGACAUCAUCAUCAGCCGCGUCGCGCUGGGCUUGGCGAGUGGGGGUGGGUUUCCUGCCUUCAGGGGGCUCAGCUAUUCGACUGAUCAUCCUAGCUGUCCAUAGCAUGCUCUUAUAAACGCGUGACCGUGAUUUCAUCAGUUUUAUGCAUCACCCCUGAUUGCGCUGUAUACAUGCUGAGACACACAUUAUUACAGCGUUACCAUAUUACACGACGCACUCAAACACGCCCUCGGUUAUUUGUGAUUUUGUUUUGCUUUGUGCGCAGAUUGGCAACGCAGUGUCUUUUAUUUUCAGCACCGUCUUAAUUUCACCAGUUAAUUCGUGGAACUAUGAAUACAACGUGUGGUGCGGUUCUGGGUUCAUUUUUUACAUUGCAUCAAUAAUCUUUAAGCUGCAAGAAUAAGGGAUGUGAUCUUGUGAAUUAAUGAUGAAUCGGUACAAUUAAUGAAACAACAAAAAAAUGCUCUGGAAUCUACCUCUUCAAACAAACUCGUAGAUUAAACAAAAAACAAUGCUCGUGUAAUUAAAUUCUUAGGAAUUUACAAACCUGCAGGAUCUUACACCAACUCGACUUCCAAAGUUUGAAGUACAUGUUGGUAAAACGUCCGUGAUACUUAUAAUAGCAAAUGUUGUUAUAAUGUAGACACACCGUGGUGAGAGAUAUCAACGAUAUGAAGUUGUAGUUUUUAAUUUAAAUUGGUUUUGUCUUAGUUAAUUUAAUAGUAGGUUAAUUACAGUAUUAAAGCAUUAAACUGUGCCUUUGUGGUGAUUUUUGAAAAAGACCACAUCACAGAAGCUUUCAAUGUAAUGGCGACAAUUACAGCACUUACACAAUUAAUGUAAUGGGCCAUCACGACUGCUAAAUGGUUUUAAUGUCAGUUUCAUUUAAAAAAAAAUAAAACCUACUUUUUGUAGAAAAGUGAAAAUUAGUGGGCAUGCCACAUGAUUAGUGGCCUAAAUCAGAGACGGAACGUGACCUCCAUUCACAGACAUAUUGGUCGUAUCUGUAUUUUUCUUUAUUAAUCGGUGUAAUGUCAAUCCUUUUCACGUUGCUCUCACGUCACACGUAUACAUUUUGACGUCGUCCAAUGCUGCAUAAUUCAACAGCAGUUGGCCCUCUGGAAGAAUAACUGGCUCCUGCUAUAGAAAUGUUGUGGAGAUUCUAGGAUUGGACUUGGUCAUAAAUAUCUAUCGUUUUUCCAUUGUCCAAACGAGCUGUGCCAGGCCCAAUUUGCCAAACCAGCCCAAAAUGGGUAAAAAAAAAGUUGCCCAGGUUGAUUUCCCGCUACAAAACCCCCGGGGCCGUGUUAAUGCGGGUCAUGCGUUGUACAAGUGACUCGGGAUGCACGUAAACGAUAUCACAUGAUACAAAUGUAGAUGAUAAACCUCGUGCCUGGCCUUGCUUGGCCCCCCGAGCCAGAUUCAGAUAUUUGGUAAAGGCAAGCGUAUUGCCGUUUGGUUCUGGCUCGUUGAUAGGGUAGCAAGUAGGAAAAUCACCUGUACCAACGUGUGCUCUGUGCUAGCACGUCUCGGAUGAACCAUGGAAAAUGAGUGCAGGGACUCCUGAACUUACGAACGAGUUGGGUUCCAGAGGUCUGUAGGUCGAUUUAUUCAUAGGUUCAACUUUACUUCUGCCUAUUCCAAACAUGUACGGCAUGUACACUAAACACAAGGAAUGGCUUUAGAAGUUGUAUAAUUUGUGGAUGUAGAUGCCGUGCCGGUUCUUCAUUUUUGGCAGAUAUAGAUGCCACCGGCACCAUCUAUUGCGCCACGGUUGAACUUACGACUCUCAGUUCGAACAGGCAACUGGACAUACGGACAGGUUUGUUACUGUCUCUGAAAGUUUGUAAGUCGAAUGUUCGUAAGUAGAGGAGUCCCUCUAUAUAGGCGACGAGAUACGAACUACUGUUACACCACAUUCUACCCAUUAAUACCCACUAUAGGGCGUGUGUGUGUGUAAUUGAAUUUAAACAUCAAAGUCUGUGCCUGAUAUUUGCUUCAUAUGUUGAGUGUUUACUGUGGAAAACUGAACUGUUGAUUGCGAUGGCAACCUUUCACCUUUGUUUUAGAUUGACGAACACUACCGUGCCUUUUUCAGGCUGCCUCAUCAAAAUUCGCAGAGUACACAAAUGUAAAAAAAAAAAUCUAUAUUUUUCAAGUUAGUUUCACGGCUCAGUGCACUCACUUUUACAAUGAAUGCCUGUCAAAGUUAGGACGCGCAUGCCAAUUUGCCACUUACACAAUUAUUUUUGCUUUAAUCGUUCGCAAACCAAGCAAAUCCUUUCCCUGUUUCAACCUAAUUGUAUGUACACAACCCACCUGAAUUUCAAAUUAAGUGCCUAGGAUUUAUUUUUAAUGGCCUAAGAUGGUAGAUGUUUCAUGUGAUAAAGCCACCAGUUUGCCUUAACGUAAAUUCAAAUAAUAAAGAAACACCCCAACAUCUGUCAGGACUGUUUGCUGGAAAGUUGUUCGUCUUUUUAUUUUACAAAAUAAGUGUUAACUUCGAAUAUAUUAUAAGUGAAUAUACGUUGUUAAAAUUCACAAACGAUUAAUCCCAUUCUAAUGUUAACCCAUAUUAAAAUGUAUAACGUGAAGAUACUGGAAUCCGCUUGGUGCAUCUCUCGGCCUGGAAAUGUUUUAUUGUCCAAGUCGGGCCACGGUUUAUGAGAAUCAAAGUUGAUUUUCCCUGAGUAAAGCCCGCUGAAGCUCGUUUUCACGGGCUUAAACAAACAUUACACCACUACACGAUGUGCUGUAAUUAUUGCCACCAUUAUAAGACAUCCCAUAUGUAACGGUCAUUUUGUAUGACCUUUCGCUGACUGAUUACAUUCAUUAUAUUUUCUGAUGGGCAAAAUUCCAAAUCCCGUGCACGGCGCUUGCCACGACCUGGCCUUUGUAUAUGCUGCACAGUGUUAAAACACGCGGUGUGCCAUCUGAAGUCGCCGUUUACCCGCAAUGUAAACCGCUGUUUUUGUAGACGUGUGACUUGUGCAAAAAGGAAAAAAAUAUAUACUAUCCGCAACAUCCACUAAUUUAUGGUGUAGAUGUAAAACACGUGAUAUGGCGGAUUGCGAUGGUUAUGCUUUGUGAAUUGUACAGUAGUUUGUAAUAAACACAAUUAUACCCUU